AUGGAGGCCUUAAAGAUUAAAUUUUCUAGGCAAUAUAAUUUGAUCAUGUUCAUUGCACUUUCCAUGACCAACAUUGUUAGGCCUUGUCUCUCAUCUCCUUUCACUUCCUUUGUGUUUGGGGACUCCCUUGUGGACGCCGGGAACAAUGACUACAUCUUCACUCUUUCGAAGGCCGAUAUGCCGCCGUACGGCAUAGACUUCAAGCCGUCCGGAGGACAACCAACCGGAAGGUUCACCAACGGCCGAACCAUAUCGGACAUUGUCGGUCAAACUCUUGGGGCCAAGUCCUUUCCUCCACCAUAUCUAGCCCCAAACACUCGAGAUGAAGCGGUUCACAGAGGAAUAAAUUAUGCAUCUGGAGCCUCAGGAAUACUGGAUGAAACAGGAAUUUUGUUCAUUGGAAGAGUCCCACUUCGUGAGCAAGUGAACUAUUUUGAGCAAACUAGAAGUUACAUGGUGAAUGUAAUGGGAGAGAAUCGUACCAAAGAUUUAUUAAAGAAGGCAAUCUUUUCAGUAACAAUUGGGUCCAACGACAUACUCAACUAUGUUCAGCCGUCAAUACCAUUUUUUGGCCACGACAAGGUCCCUCCUACUAUGUUCCAAGAUUUCAUGGUCUCCAACUUGACUAUACAACUGAAGCGAAUUUACGAGCUGGGAGCAAGAAAAUUUAUAGUGGUUGGGGUUGGACCACUAGGCUGCAUUCCCUUUAUUAGAGCGCUGAAUUUAUUACCGACUGGGAAAUGCUCGGUGGAGGUGAAUGAUUUGAUCCAAGGUUACAACAAGAAACUAAAUGAAGUGCUUGACCAAUUCAACAAGGAGUUGGGUCCGGAUGCCAUCUUUGUGUAUGCAAAUUCCUACGAUAUCUUCAUCAAGAUCAUUGGGAAUUAUCCUCAAUACGGAUUUGAGAAUGCUAAUGAACCAUGUUGUGGGGGGUACUUUCCUCCAUUCAUAUGCUUCAAUGGCAAAGGCGGUGGAGACAAAGCGGCCUCAGCGCUGUGUAAUGACCGAUCCAAGUAUGUGUUUUGGGAUGCAUAUCAUCCGACAGAGGCUGCAAAUAUCAUCAUUGCAAAGGAGUUGGUUGAUGGAGACGAGAGCUUUGCCUUUCCAAUCAAUAUCCGUCAGCUUUACAACCAUAACUCCUAGUCAUAUA